GUAGGCGCCGCGCCGCUCUCCCUGUUCCUCCCCCUCCGCACGCCCGUCCACCCACCGGAUCGCCCUGAAACCUCGCGGCGCGAAAAUGCCCAAACGAGACAAAGGAGCUCCAGCUCCCCCGCGCGCCUCCCCACCCCACACACCUCCGCCGGGGACGGAGAGCGAGGCCGAGGCCGAGGAGGGGGCAGGCGAGGCGGGGGCGUCGUCGUCCGCCGCGGAGAUGGGGACGUACAAGUGCUGCAUCUUCUUCACGCGCCACUUCGCGCUCGGCGACACCGCCACGCCCGAGGACGUGCGCGCUCUCUUCUCCCGCUUCGCCGCCGGGUCGCCCUACAUGGGCCCCGACGACCUCCGCCGCUACCUCGCCGCGUGGGGAGGGGCCGACGGCGAGGUCGCGGAGCAGGUCGUCGACCGGGUCCUCCUGGACCGCAGCCGCACCCCGCGCUUCGGGAGGCCGGCGCUCACCGUCGACGACUUCAUGCACUUCCUCUUCUCCGAGGAACUCAACCCGCCCCUCCGCCAUUCCAAGGUCCAUCAGGACAUGAACGCACCGCUAUCGCACUAUUUUAUAUACACUGGACACAACUCGUAUCUGACCGGUAAUCAACUCAGCAGUGACUGCAGUGAUGCUCCCAUCAUCAAGGCACUGCAAAUAGGUGUUCGUGUAAUUGAAUUGGACAUAUGGCCAAAUUCUUCUAAAGAUGACAUUGACGUUCUCCAUGGAAGGACACUGACUGCCCCAGUAUCACUUAUCAAAUGCUUGAGAUCCAUCAAAGAAUAUGCUUUUGUGGCAUCUCCCUAUCCUGUUAUUAUAACAUUCGAAGACCACCUCACACCUGAUCUUCAGGCGAAAGUAGCUAAGAUGGUCCUUGAAGUGUUUGGAGACAUCCUAUAUUACCCUGAAUCAAAACAUCUUCAAGAAUUUCCUUCACCUGAAGCUCUAAAGGGGCGUGUCCUGCUCUCAACUAAACCCCCAAAGGAGUACCUUGAAGCAAACAGCGGUACCAUGAAGGAUAGAGAAAUUGAAUCCCAGUUUAAAAAGGGAGAAAAGGAAGAAGCAGCAUGGGGAGUAGAAGUUCCAGAUAUUCAGGAUGAGAUGCAAGUUGCCGACAGGCAUGAUGAUGAUCUAUUAUAUCGCGGAAGAGGUCUGGAUGAUGAUGAUAAGCAGAAAACAAGCAAGCAUGUGGCAACAGAGUAUAAACACCUGAUUACUAUCAAGGCAGGAAAGCCAAAGGGUCCUCUUGUGGAUGCCUUAAAGAAUGACCCUGACAAAGUUAGGCGCCUCAGUUUGAGUGAGCAAGAACUUGCAAAAGUGGCAGCAAAUCAUGGUCCCAACAUUGUGAGCUUCACACAUAGAAAUAUGCUGAGAAUAUAUCCAAAGGGAACCCGCUUCAAUUCAUCCAACUAUAAUCCAUUUCUUGGCUGGGUGCAUGGUGCUCAAAUGGUGGCAUUCAAUAUGCAGGGAUAUGGAAGAGCACUUUGGUUAAUGCAUGGUUUUUACAAAGCCAACGGUGGCUGCGGUUAUGUGAAGAAACCUGAUUUCUUGAUGCAAACUUGUCCAGACGGAAAGGUGUUUGAUCCCAAGGCAGAUUUACCGGUCAAGGCAACAUUGAAGGUCAAGGUGUACAUGGGCGAAGGUUGGCACAAAGACUUCAAGCAGACACACUUCGACACAUACUCACCUCCAGAUUUCUAUGUAAAGGUUGGCAUCGCCGGAGUUCCAUUAGACUCGGUGAUGAGGAAGACGAAAGCCGUGGAGGACAACUGGGUCCCCGUGUGGGAGGAGGAGUUCGCCUUCCCGCUGACCGUCCCUGAGAUCGCGGUGCUCCGCGUGGAGGUGCACGAGCAGGAUGUGAGCGAGGACGACUUCGGCGGGCAGACGGCGCUGCCGGUGGAGGAGCUGCGGCCGGGGAUCCGCGCCGUCCCGCUGUUCGACCACAAGGGGCACAAGUUCAAGAGCGUCAAGCUCCUCAUGCGCUUCGAGUUCACCUAGCGCGCCCGUAGCAGAGAACGGUCAUGCUGCCCAUGUCUAUAGAAUGUCGAUCGAUGUUUGUUUGCAUUAGGAAUCGAUUUUUUUUUUUACUGUUAGGAGGAUCUAGUAUGCUUGUUAUGUA